AUGGUCCUGAGGCUCCUGCUCCUCCUCGCUGGGCUGCUUAGAGCCACCAAGCCAGCACCCCGCUGCGAAACCGGCCAGGAGACCCUAGGUCAAUGUCAAACUGUACAGAAAGCAAAAUGUGUGGAUAUUGCCCUGAGUUCUUGUACUGAUGUUGCCUACACUCAAAUGGUGUAUCCCAACUUUCUGGAUCAGAAGUCUAGAGAAGUGAUUGAGUACAGCUCCGAGUACCUGCUCAUCAGCGUGCUGCACAACCUGCUCCAGGGGGAAUGUAACCCCGACCUGAGGCUCCUGGGCUGCUCAGUGCUGGCCCCACAGUGUGAAAAGGACAAAGUCAUAAAGCCCUGCAGGCACGUCUGUGAAAACCUCAAAAAGAAUUGCCUUCCUGCCUUUGAUGCAAUAGACAUGGCCUGGCCCUACUUCUUGGACUGUGACCGCUUCUUCGCUGGGGAGGAAGAGGGAUGCUUCGACCCACUGGCCAAGCUGAGAGGAGAAGUAGAUGCUGAGGAAGAUUUGCCUUCAGACUUGCCAGCAACUUUUAUUCAGUUCAAACACCACUCCUAUUCCCAAAUGGUGAGCACGCUGAAGAAGACAGCCUCGAGGUGCUCCCACAUUGCCACCACUUACAGCAUCGGCCGCAGCUUUGAGGGCAAGGAUCUUUUUGUGAUUGAGUUUUCAACCAAGCCUGGACACCACGAACUGCUCAAGCCAGAAUUUAAGUACAUUGGCAACAUGCACGGAAAUGAAGUUGUGGGGAAGGAGCUGCUGAUAUACCUCGCACAGUAUCUGUGCUCAGAAUAUCUUCUUGGGAACCCUCGCAUCCAGGCCCUGAUCAACAACACCAGAAUUCAUCUCCUGCCCUCACUCAAUCCUGAUGGCUAUGAACUGGCUGCAGAAGAGGGGGCUGGUUACAAUGGAUGGGUCAUCGGCCGACAGACAGCUCAGAACUUGGACCUGAACAGAAAUUUCCCAGAUUUGACAUCUGAGGCUUACAGAAGAGCUGGGAUUCGUGGGGCCCGUCUGGACCACAUCCCCAUUCCACAGUCCUACUGGUGGGGUAAGGUGGCCCCUGAGACAAAAGCAGUCAUGAAGUGGUUGAGGUCUAUCCCAUUUGUGCUCUCUGCCAGCCUGCAUGGGGGUGAGCUGGUGGUGACCUAUCCUUAUGACUAUUCAAGGCAUCCUAUGGAAGAAAAAAUGUUCUCUCCUACACCUGAUGAGAAGGUGUUCAAGAUGCUGGCUAAAGCCUAUGCAGAUGCACACCCUGUCAUCUCAGACCGGUCUGAGCUCCGCUGUGGUGGGAAUUUUGUGAAACGUGGAGGUAUUAUAAAUGGUGCUGAGUGGUACAGCUUCACUGGAGGUAUGGCAGAUUUUAAUUACCUUCACACAAAUUGCUUUGAAGUUACCGUGGAGGUAGGAUGUGAAAAGUUUCCUUUGGAGGAAGAACUGUUUACAAUCUGGCAUGAAAACAAAGGUGCCCUUCUGAAUUACAUGGAAAUGGUUCAUCGGGGGAUAAAAGGAAUUGUGUCUGAUAAGUUUGGCAACCCAAUAAAAAAUGCUCGUAUUUCAGUCAGGGGCAUUCAGCAUGAUGUCACCACAGCCGCUGAUGGCGACUACUGGCGGCUCCUGCCUCCGGGGACGUUCAUCAUCAGCGCCCAGGCGCCGGGCUACAGCCGGGUGAUGAAGAGGGUCACCAUCCCCACCAGGAUGAAGCAGGCCGGCCGUGUGGAUUUCGUGCUGCGGCCCGCCGAGGCCUGGCCCAGCAAGCUGCUCCGGCGCUCCAUGGAGGACGCCUACGACCCUCAGGACCCGCUGGAACUUUUUGACCCUCACGCCCAGCACGGGCAGGCCGAGGCUCGGGGAGGGACCGCGGCAGGCAGGGAGAAGCCGUGGUGGUGGUCGUACUUCAGCUCCCUGGACCUGCACAAACCUCUGUGGCUGCUCAAGCAGCGCUGAGGGACGGCGCCGCGCGCCUCUCGGCUCGCUCCGCUGCCCUUCCAGACACCCGCGGUGCUCUUGGCAAUAUUUAAAUGUUUCAUUUGAAAAUAUAAUAUUAAUUCAA